AUGUACCUCACUUGGAUGAAUGACCUCCUACACUGCCCCCACGCAUGCGCCUUCAUCACUGAAGGAGGGCAGUUGAGUUGGAUCACACAAUGGCCCUCCAUCCAAGUCACAGUCCAAAAUAGAGGCUUCUACAACUCCACAUCCGAAGAUGCUUCAUAUCUCUCACAUGACAUUGUUUUGGAGCAGGAGAAAGAUCUUCUCCAUUUUGAGCUGUGGACAGGAGAAUGGAACAUGGCUCUUGACCACAUCUACUGCAGGCUCGCUGACAACAUUGCUAGAGGGAAAGCCAAACUUCACACCCAAGAGAAGUGGAAGUGUUUGAUCAGGAAUAACAAGCAUGGUCAACAUCACCCAACCUACCUGCCAACCACUACAGAUUUUCAGAAUCCAACUGGCACAAAGAACCACUGGAUGACAUCACCUUCCCUGAGAGAUGAAUGGAUUAACUUGGAAGUGGAAAGUGGGGGGGGCUUUGUAGUACACCAGUAUUUACAUGAGGCCAAUCUAUCACUUUACCACCAUAUCCCUUGCAAUCCUUGGAUUCAAAGCCCUACUAAUGGCUUCCAUCCAAGUAAAGAGAAAAUCACUUCUUCCCUGAGGGUAUCCAGGGUCUUGGAUACCCAGAGGCUGUCAUGGAACUCAGGGCAUCAGGGUGCCCUGGAGCACCCUCAGAUUAAGGUGGGCAUGGCUGAAAUUGAGGCAGUCAAGGUGGGCGUGAAUGAAAUCGAGGUGGGCACUGGCAAAAACAAAGCCAGCAACAUCGACGUGGGUGCUGAGAAAAUCCAUUUUGCUAGAGAAAAAGUGAAAAAACAAGGGUGGGUAGCGUUUGUUUGA